UUUGAUUUAAUGGGGUUAACAUGUCUUAGAGACAACUAAGAUCUAUAUAACCAGAGUUUUCUAUACCUAAACAGCUAUAAACAUGAACGACUGUUCCAAAAGAAUAUCAAUUAGUCUCUAUAUAUAUGUAUCUAUGUUUUUUGGGUACGGAAAAGGUUCAUAUGUUUAUAUGUUUUUGUGUAAUAGCAAUAAGAAAUGAGGGUACAAAAGAUGGCGCAUGAGAAAGUCGUGGACUUACAAAGGAUAACGAACGAUAAGACAAGGAUGACCACUUACAAGAAGAGGAGAGCCUGUCUUUACAAGAAGGCAGGUGAGUUCUCAACUCUCUGCGGCGUCCAGACAUGUAUCAUCGUCUACGGGCCCACCAAAGCGACCGAUGAGUUGAUUUCCAAACCUGAGAUAUGGCCGGAGGACGAGACCAAAGCCAGAGACAUCAUACGCAGGUACAGAGACACAGUCUCCAACAGCUGCAGGAAAGAAGCCCACGUCGAGACUUUCGUUAACGAUAAAGGUAAGGCAAAAGAGACGGAGAAUACUAAUAAUAAUAAUAAGAGAGGGAUGAAUAACAAGAAUAAGUAUUGUUGUUGGGAGGAGAGGCUAGAGAAGUGUUCACAAGAGCAGCUACGUGGGAUUUUCGAUGACGUGGGAAACAAGUUGCAUGAAGCUAUAAUGAGACAGAAUCGUAAUGCGAUUACGGCUCAGCAUCAAGUCAUGGAGCCACAAACCCCGCAGAAUUUAAUGGAUCCAUAUUACGUGUCACAAUACUUUGCUGGUCAUCAGCAGCAACAGUGCUUGAUGUUCCCAUAUAAUAAUAUGAGUUUCCCGUUGUUCUCGCCUCAUGAUGAUCAGAUUCCAAUGGAGCCGAUUCUAGUGGAGAAUUUUGCUGACUCUGGAGUAAAUCAAGGCUUCAUGAUGUCGAAGGGAAACGAGAGUACUCAGUUUAUGCAGAGGCAAGCACCUUAUUAUAUUGAACCGGUUGUACAGAGGCCUGCAUCUUUUAAUGUUAACCCGUUCACGGGUUAUCAAGUCCCUUAUAAUAUUCCUCGGUUGCCGGGUAAUCAAGCUGAAGUAUGGGAUUUUAUGGCGAAGAAGCCGAUUUGAGUUGUUUUUUAGGGUUUUAUGAUUAGUUUAAUUGUUUCAGUUGGUUUUGUUUAUGUAUGCUGGCUUGGAUUUUUCAAGUAUGUUUCUGAUGUAUCAUCAUUUUCUGGAAUUCUAUAAAAAAGUAUUGGUUUUAGGUUUUAUGUAUAUUUAUUGAAAAUAAAAACUUGAUACUUCUUUUUACAUAAAAUAAGUGAAAUGUCUUUUAAAUAUCAAACACUGUGUCCACUGUUAUAACUUCAAGUGGUUGUUGAAACAGAUGGCUUGAUUGAGACAAACAACGAAUAAUGACAUAUUGUAAUGCAUAAGUUAUUCAAACAUUAAACGACAAGCUUUGGAUAUUGGAGAUGACCAAGUUUGUGACUUUUUGAACCUUUUGGCUGCAACUUGUAUAACAGAAAUAAUUUUAUUUUGGUGUGUGUUUCCAUCAACAACUAACACUUAAGCUUGCGCACACUAUCUAAUUUUAAUUGUGAUUAUGCAUAUGCAGCUAAGUAAUGUUAAUAAAAUUAGCUAAAACCUCAUUUGAACCUUUAGUUGUAAGUUGUAGCUGAGUAGCAAAACAUUUACCAAACUAAUUAAAAAAUU